AGAUGACUAUGGAUGAGAAAUAUGUGAAUAGCAUUUGGGAUCUUCUAAAAAAUGCAAUCCAAGAGAUCCAGCGUAAGAACAAUAGUGGUCUCAGCUUUGAGGAGCUGUAUAGGAAUGCAUAUACAAUGGUGUUGCAUAAACACGGCGAAAAACUCUACACUGGACUAAGAGAAGUGGUCACUGAGCAUCUAAUAAACAAGGUGCGAGAAGAUGUGUUAAACUCCUUGAAUAACAACUUUCUACAAACACUAAACCAAGCAUGGAAUGAUCAUCAAACAGCGAUGGUGAUGAUUAGAGACAUUCUGAUGUAUAUGGACCGUGUGUAUGUGCAACAGAAUAAUGUGGAGAAUGUCUACAAUUUGGGCUUAAUUAUUUUUCGAGAUCAAGUUGUACGCUAUGGCUGUAUUAGGGAUCACCUACGGCAAACUCUGCUGGAUAUGAUUGCAAGAGAAAGGAAAGGAGAAGUUGUAGACAGAGGCGCAAUAAGAAAUGCUUGCCAGAUGUUAAUGAUUCUAGGUCUUGAAGGAAGGUCAGUCUAUGAAGAAGACUUUGAGGCUCCAUUUUUGGAGAUGUCUGCAGAAUUUUUUCAGAUGGAAAGUCAGAAAUUUUUAGCUGAAAACAGUGCUUCUGUAUAUAUAAAGAAAGUAGAAGCUAGAAUUAAUGAAGAAAUAGAACGGGUGAUGCAUUGUCUGGAUAAAUCAACAGAAGAACCAAUUGUGAAAGUUGUUGAGAGGGAGCUUAUUUCCAAGCAUAUGAAAACUAUAGUGGAAAUGGAGAACUCUGGGCUAGUUCAUAUGCUGAAAAACGGGAAGACAGAAGACCUUGCUUGCAUGUACAAGUUGUUUAGCCGCGUGCCAAAUGGUCUGAAGACAAUGUGCGAGUGCAUGAGUUCUUACCUGAGAGAGCAAGGCAAAGCACUAGUGUCUGAAGAAGGAGAAGGAAAGAAUCCAGUUGACUACAUUCAGGGCUUACUGGAUUUGAAGAGUAGGUUUGACCGCUUUCUUCAGGAAUCUUUCAAUAACGAUCGGCUCUUCAAACAGACUAUUGCGGGGGACUUUGAGUACUUCCUCAACCUCAACUCUAGGUCUCCAGAGUACCUCUCGUUAUUUAUUGAUGAUAAGCUGAAAAAGGGAGUCAAAGGACUAACAGAGCAAGAAGUAGAAACUAUAUUGGAUAAGGCAAUGGUUUUAUUUAGGUUUAUGCAAGAGAAAGAUGUUUUUGAACGCUAUUACAAGCAGCAUUUGGCAAGAAGACUUCUCACAAACAAGAGUGUUUCAGAUGAUUCUGAGAAAAAUAUGAUAUCUAAAUUAAAGACUGAAUGUGGAUGUCAGUUCACGUCUAAACUGGAAGGAAUGUUCAGGGACAUGAGCAUCUCAAACACGACGAUGGAUGAGUUCAGGCAACAUCUUCAGGCAACCGGGGUAAGAGCGUGGGGGUCUGCCCUUGUCCUUUUGCUUCCCUACAAACCCGAGAGCUUUAUCAAGGCUUCUGGUUUUUACUGUGCGUGUGGAAAGAAGGAUUUUGUUAGCGCGCUCAAAUACAUUUCUCAUACUGAGUUUCUUACCUUACAAAUACCUUACCUUUCCCGAAAUACAAAAGUCAGUUCGAAGCUUGAUCCGCAGCUUCAACAGUGCCAGUUUCAUUCCAUAAAAUCCUGUUCCAACCCCUGCGGUACCCGUUCUUCUGCAGGGACCCGGCUGCGGGGCCCGCUGCCCGGCGGAGCGCGGCUCUUCCGCCUGCGGCCG